AUGGCUUUAGCAGUUUCAAGUAAAAUAUAUUUUGUCCUGCUGUCGUUUUUGUUUUCGUUCUCAGCCACUGCCCAGCCUUACACGAAUGUUACUUCAGGUUCAUUAAUAACUGCAAACAAUGCAAAUUCCACCUGGGAAUCACCAUCUGGAGAGUUUGCUUUUGGUUUCCAGCAGAUUGUUCCAGGAGCUUACUUAUUGGCCAUCUGGUUCAACAAAAUACCUGAAAGAACCAUUGUUUGGUCUGCCAAUCGUGAUAACCUCGUCGGAGAAGGAUCGAAAAUUCAAUUGUUUGAAGAUGAAAGGUUUGAACUGAGUGAUCCUAAAGGCCAGCAGAUAUGGGCUGCUACUUUGUCUGGUGUUGGUGUGGCCUAUGGAGCCAUGCUUGACACUGGUAAUUUUGUGUUAGUAAAGAACAACUCAGUUGUUUUGUGGCAGAGUUUUGAUGAGCCAACUGACACAUUAUUACCAACACAGACAUUGAAUCAAGAUGGCAGACUAGUUUCCAGCUUCUCUAAAACAAACUAUUCGAGAGGAAGAUUCCUCUUCACAUUACAAAGUGAUGGAAAUCUUGUGUCUUACACCAGAAAUUUCCCCAUGGAUGAAAUGAAUUUUGCGUAUUGGGCAACGCAAACUACGGGCAGUGGUUUCAAGGUGGUCUUCAACCAGGCUGGUUACAUCUUUCUAGUAGCAAAAAAUGGAAGUGUACUCAAUGUUUUGUCUUCAAAUGCAGACUCGACUAGUCAAUUUUACCAGAGGGCAAUACUAGAAUAUGAUGGUGUUCUCAGGCACUAUGUCUACCCUAAGUCUGCCAAUUCAGCAGGUGCAAGAGUGAUGGCAUGGUCUACCAUGAAUUUCAUACCUUCGAAUAUAUGCAUGCGCAUAGUAGAAAGAACAGGCAGCGGGGCCUGUGGUUUUAAUAGUUUCUGCUCAAUGGGAACUGAUCAAAUACCAAAGUGCGAGUGCCCUAUUGGUUACUCUUUCAUAGAUCCAAAUGACAGAAUGAGCGGAUGCUAUCCAAAUUUCGCUCCACAAAAUUGCGAUGAAGAGGCACGUGAAACUGAACUUUUUAGUAUCACUGACAUGCCCAACACCGAUUGGCCUCUCUCUGAUUACGCGCAUUUUCAGCAAGUAACAGAAGAUUGGUGUCGACAGGUUUGCCUCAACGAUUGUUUUUGUGCUGCUGUGAUAUAUAGAGACGGUAAUUGUUGGAAGAAGAAAUAUCCUCUCUCCAAUGGGAUAGUUGAUUCUAGUGUAGAGGGGAAAGCUAUGAUAAAAAUAAGGAAUAACAACGGAACCACAUAUUAG